CCCAGAAAUUCUACCCAAGCUGCCUCAGCACCAUGUACCGAGCACUUCGGCUCCUCGCGCGCUCGCGUCGCCUCGUGCGGGCUCCAGCCGCAGCCUUAGCUUCGGCUCCCGGCUUGGGUGGCGCGGCCGUGCCCUCGUUUUGGCCUCCGAACGCGGCUCGAAUGGUGAGCGCAGGCCGCAAUCCCCCGGCCUCCCCGCAGUGACCUUCAGCCCUCCUGCCUGCCGGCCUGGGCGCCCGCGACUUGGCGGGAGAGAUUCCCCGGGCGUCCGGGCCGCGCCAGACUCUGGGCUCAGCGCCCGUGCCGGCGUGGCGGGCCUCCCGGCCUCGGGACGCCUCUUCCAGCGCAGGGAUGGAGCCGCAGCCCGGGAGAGCGCUUGGGGAGGGACGGCGGCUGUCAGAGAGGAUCCUACUGGGCUCGCUCCCGGCGCCUCCUCGGAGCCGUCCGUGGCGGGCCGAGGCCGGGGCGUUUUGGGGUAACUUCGCUGCUGCUGGCGCGCAGGCCCCCAGCCCUGGGGCGCUGCCCUCAAGGACAGUGCCGGCGUGGGCGGAGGGUGCUGGGAGAGGGGCAGCUCCCGCACCGUCCUGCCCCACAGCUGGGCCUUGCUGGCCGGACGCUGGCCGCCUGUGCAUCUAGUGGUUUCUGAACUGUGGUUUGUUUCGCCAAGGGGCACUGCACUGCUUUCAGGCCCUCCAGGCAAGCCAAAAUUCCUUCCGGAUAGAAUAUGAUACCUUUGGUGAACUAAAGGUGCCAAAUGAUAAGUAUUAUGGCGCCCAGACCGUGAGAUCUACGAUGAACUUUAAGAUUGGAGGUGUGACAGAACGCAUGCCAACCCCAGUUAUUAAAGCUUUUGGCAUCUUGAAGCGAGCGGCCGCUGAAGUAAACCAGGAUUAUGGUCUUGAUCCAAAGAUUGCUAAUGCAAUAAUGAAGGCAGCAGAUGAGGUAGCUGAAGGUAAAUUAAAUGAUCAUUUUCCUCUCGUGGUAUGGCAGACUGGAUCGGGAACUCAGACAAAUAUGAAUGUAAAUGAAGUCAUUAGCAAUAGAGCAAUUGAAAUGUUAGGAGGUGAACUUGGCAGCAAGAUACCUGUGCAUCCCAACGAUCAUGUUAAUAAAAGCCAGAGCUCAAAUGAUACUUUUCCCACAGCAAUGCACAUUGCUGCUGCAAUAGAAGUUCAUGAAGUACUGUUACCAGGACUACAGAAGUUACAUGAUGCUCUUGAUGCAAAAUCCAAAGAGUUUGCACAGAUCAUCAAGAUUGGACGUACUCAUACUCAGGAUGCUGUUCCACUUACUCUUGGGCAGGAAUUUAGUGGUUAUGUUCAACAAGUAAAAUAUGCAAUGACAAGAAUAAAAGCUGCCAUGCCAAGAAUCUAUGAGCUCGCAGCUGGAGGCACUGCUGUUGGUACAGGUUUAAAUACUAGAAUUGGCUUUGCAGAAAAGGUUGCUGCAAAAGUGGCUGCACUUACAGGCUUGCCUUUUGUCACUGCUCCAAAUAAAUUUGAAGCUCUGGCUGCUCAUGACGCUCUGGUUGAGCUCAGUGGAUCCAUGAACACUACUGCCUGCAGUCUGAUGAAGAUAGCAAAUGAUAUUCGAUUUUUGGGUUCUGGUCCUCGGUCAGGUCUGGGAGAACUGAUCUUGCCUGAAAAUGAACCGGGAAGCAGUAUCAUGCCAGGCAAGGUGAACCCUACUCAGUGUGAAGCAAUGACCAUGGUUGCAGCCCAAGUCAUGGGGAACCAUGUUGCUGUCACUGUCGGAGGCAGCAAUGGACAUUUUGAGUUGAAUGUUUUCAAGCCAAUGAUGAUUAAAAAUGUGUUACACUCAGCCAGGCUGCUGGGGGAUGCUUCAGUUUCCUUUACAGAAAACUGCGUGGUGGGAAUCCAGGCCAAUACAGAAAGGAUCAACAAGCUGAUGAAUGAGUCUCUAAUGUUGGUGACAGCUCUCAAUCCUCAUAUAGGGUAUGACAAGGCAGCAAAGAUCGCUAAGACAGCACACAAAAACGGAUCAACCUUAAAGGAAACUGCUAUCAAACUUGGCUAUCUCACAGCAGAGCAGUUUGACGAAUGGGUAAAACCUAAGGACAUGCUGGGUCCAAAGUGAUUUACAUAAAUUUAUAAUGAAAAUAAACAUGUAUAAAAUUUAAAAAAA